AUGGACUUGAAAGUUCAGCGACUUUCUCGAAUAGACGAAGGGAUAGAGAAAAUAGAAAGCCUUCAUCUCUUGCCCGAUGUGUUGUCUCUUAAUCUUCAUGCAAAUCAAAUCGAAACUAUCUCAGGACUAGAUCGUCUCACCCAUCUUGUCGAGCUUGAUAUUUCUGCGAAUUCGAUCGAAAAGGUCUCUGGCUUGGAAUCCCUCGUUUGUUUAAAAAUUCUCAACCUGUCGAGCAACUCCAUCGGAGAAAUUUCACCGCAGGAAAUGGCCUCGCUAGUAUCGUUGAGGCACCUGAACUUGAGUUACAAUAUGCUCAUGUCUUUGGGGUUUCUACCAGCGUUUGCGAACAAAGAAUCGUCACUGCAAGAGCUUUUCUUACACGGAAAUCAGAUUUCGCAUGUUCAAUCAACCUGCCAAAUGCUCGAUUGCACAAAAACUUUAGAAAGAAUCACGAUCGCGGAUAACCCUAUCACCUCUUCUGCCGAAACAAUCUUCGCCAGCUGCCCUCAUAUAAUCUCAAUCGACGGAGUAAGUCGAGAUGGCCGCGCUCUACCUCCACUUGUUUUUUCUGACAGCCAACCAUCCAGAAAUCCACAAACUUCUCAAAAUCCGACUCCAAGGAAUCAAAAUCCUUGGGUACAAGAAGAAAUAAAGAAACCAAUGACAGCAGAUGAUUUCGGCCUGAUGGCUCAAAAGAUGCUGGAGCAGGCGCAGACUAGGAUUCUUGCGGAAUCAGCGGCUAGAGAGCAGGAACAAACAAAUUCAAAGAUUGAUAGGCUCGAAAAGCAACUGCAAAAACUCAUUAAUCAAAAUAAACAAGCUCCACUGCCAUCAGCUUCUGCCGGAAGAAAACCUCGACCUCCAACAAACAGUGCACAUUCUAAGUGCUCAAAAUGCGCAAACGCUAUGAAAGAAAUGCGCCAGAUGGCGACCAGUUUCGAGCAACAAACCAACACACUCCAAGAAGAAAUACUCAAGAUGAAAAACGAAGCUUUUGCAUUGCAGAGACUAACAGAAGACCAACAGCUGGACAUCAAUCAGAAAACGUCGCAGCUCCAAACUGCCCUAGACGGUCUGGUCAAGUUCAAAGAUCUUGCAAAAGCGGAACGGGAGAAAAAUGAGUCGCACGAGCAAACUCUUGCACGGACGUUGAAAGAGUUCAGCAACGAAAAACGCGCUAUGAAAAAUUUACAGGAAGAGUUGAACAAGCUAAAGCAUCACAACGAAAAACAAGCAGAGGAGAAUCGUAAUCUUUCGAUAGCUAAUGAAAAGCUUGUAUCAGAGGCUUCGGCGAUGCAAUCAAAAUAUGUUGCGCUAGAAAAAGAACUCAAACUAGCGCAAGAAAAAUUGUCAGUUAGCAUUCAUCCAGACUCGCCAGAGAUGCAAAACUACGUCAAAGAUAAACUCCAAGUCGCAGUGAAAUAUAUGGAAGAGUACAAAACCGACGCAAAGAAACGAUACUCCGCCCUCGAACAAGAGUUUAGAGAAGCGCUGAAAAUUGAAGACAACGAGAAGAACAAACUCAGGGAGAAAAUCGACAAGCUCAAGGAGGAACAUGCUGAAUUGAGAAUCAACCAAGAAAGGUUGUUUUUCUCGGAGAAAAAGGCGAAGGACACCGUUGAUAUGGUCGCAUCCGGCGCUAAAGAGUUGAAAGCGAGAAACUCCGAGUUAGAAGACAAAAUUGACCGGCUUGUUGACGCAGUUAGAAAAGCGAAAGAGCUUGCAGAUCAAAGAUACAGAGAUGAGCAAAGAAGCAAACUGGCUCUUCAGGAAUCGCAGAAAACGAAGGCGAAGCUAAUUGCGACAUUGACGGAGCAAGAGGGAAUCGUCAACGGACUCAAAGCAGAGCGGGAGCAGUGGUCGAAAGGGCUAGCAUCGCAAACCUCCGAUUUGGCGAAAGAAAAGGGCAAUUUAAUCGCGGAAAACGAUGCAUUGAAGCAAAAACUAGCAAUAGAGGCGCAAAAUGAGAAAAAGCUCAAAAUCAAAGAAAAAGAACUCGAUUCCGCGCAGCAACAAAUUCAAGAUCUCAAAGCCAAACUCGACCAAAAACGAAAACAAGCGUUUGAAAUGCAAGCAGAAUGCGACUCGCAAAUCAAGCACUUGGAAAAAGCGGAACGAAGACUUGCUCGCGGAGAAGCCGAUCGAGAGCAUUUAUUAGAAGAAAAAGAGAAGUUUUACGCGCAGAAAAAGGCCAACGAAGAAAAGUGGCGUGAGCGAACGAUCGUUAUCGAAAAUCUUGAGGAGAAACUCGCGCAUUUUUCAGUUCAAAAGCAACAAAAAGAGAACGAAUUAAACUGCGAAAUCGCCGAAAAAGACAAAAUCAUCAACGAGCUACAAAGUGAAAUCGGCGAAAAAGAGAAAUCAUUUACAGAGCUGGAAGCAAAGCUAAAAACAGUGAUCCACUUUGAAGAGGACAACCGAAAACUGGCCCGUUUGGUUCGAGCUCAAGCCUUGAAGAUAAAACAAGUCGAGGACGAACUCCGAGACCUCCUCCGUGACCGAGAAAAUGACCGACUCUCGUUACAGAAGAAGUUCCAGGACUUUGCAAAAAACCUCGCCAAAUGA